UGUGUAGCUAGGGUUUGUCUUGAUGGAAGAUUACCUGGGCCAGAACAGCAGCAGCAGUAACACAGGUACAACAUCUACAACUUUCCUAUACGGGUCGGGUGGAGUUGCUCCAGAUACCAGCUGUUUGUAUGGGAGAGGAGGCAACGAAAGUGAUCCUGGGCAUGGGGGCUUUCAUCAUCCCGAUCAGUAUCACCAUCCCAUGGUCAAGAUCGAAACUGAGAAAUUCCAUAACUACCCGCCUUCUAUGGUGAACUUUCACAACGAAGAUGAAGCGCUCAAAGCUAAGAUCAUUUCACAUCCUCACUAUUCUAACCUACUUCAAGCCUACAUGGACUGUCAGAAGGUGGGAGCACCACCGGAAGUUGUGGGGAGGCUGACGGCGGUGCGGCAAGAGUACGAGGCUCGACAACGGGCUAAUUUAGGUUGUAGAGAGAACUACAAAGACCCGGAACUCGACCAGUUCAUGGAAGCAUAUUAUGAUAUGCUAAUCAAGUACAAAGAGGAACUCACAAGACCAAUACAAGAAGCUAUGGAAUUCAUGCGCCGGAUCGAAUCUCAACUUUCCACACUUACCAUCUCCUCUUCCUCCUCCUCUUCUCCGGCUGGCCGGAUCUUUAUCUCUCCCGAUGAAAGCAAAUGCGAGGUGAUUGGUUCGUCGGACGAAGAACAAGAGAACACCAGUGGUGGAGAAACAGAAGUUGCUGAAAUUGACCCACGAGCUGAAGACCGUGAACUAAAGAACCACUUGUUGAGAAAGUAUAGCGGUUACUUAAGCAGUCUCAAGCAAGAACUUUCCAAGAAAAAAAAGAAAGGAAAACUUCCCAAAGAAGCCCGACAAAAGCUUUUAAGCUGGUGGGAAUUGCACUACAAGUGGCCAUAUCCUUCGGAAUCAGAGAAGGUAGCGUUGGCAGAAUCAACAGGUUUGGACCAGAAGCAAAUAAAUAACUGGUUCAUCAACCAAAGAAAGAGACAUUGGAAGCCUUCGGAGGACAUGCAAUUUAUGGUUAUGGACGGGCUUCAUCCACAAAAUGUUGCUACUGCUCUCUAUAUGGAAGAUCACCACUACAUGGGCGAUGGUCCUUACAGAUUAGGACCUUGAAUUGAAUGAUAACAUACAAAAACAUGAUCAUAUAUACCUAUCAUCCGUAUAAUCUGGUUUGGCAAUAAAGGUAACGAGUGCUUUUAUUAGGCCGCACGUGUGUUGAAAUGGAUUGGCAAACUUUGGUAAUUCUUUGAAAGUGCAAUCUCAUAAUUUGUGCAUCCCUUAUUAUUACCUUCUGUAUGAUAUCAUUUAGCAAUGACGUUGAGAUGUUCUUGUAAUACUCAUAACACUGUACGUACGUACCUAUUAUAUAUUGUGUCAUAAUCGCACUAUGUAGCUUGCACA